AUGUCGGCCAUCGGUAUGCCACCACACCUCUUAAUCCUGUUCCAAGCCAGGCCACUACUCACUUUUUACAAACCCAUCCAGAAGAAGAAGCACCAGGCAUACAGCGGCAUCUCCGAGUAUCUGAAUCUUUUCGAGGAUAAGGAACCCCCCCCAAAGAUAAAAUGGGAAAAUGCAAAAGAGAGGAAGGAAAGAAAGAAGAAAGAAAAAAUAACAUACAACGAAUUAAUGCUGAAAGAAAUGAGAAAGGAUUAUGACCCAUUUAAAAAUGCCGAUUUGACAAGCGACCCAAAGAAAACCAUUUUUAUUGGAAGACUAUCCUACGAUGUAAAUGAGAAAAAAUUAAAAAAAGAAUUUGAAGUGUAUGGAAAGAUAAAAAGAGUGAAAAUAAUAUAUGAUAAAAAUUUUAAACCAAAAGGAUAUGGAUUCAUAGAAUUUGAACACACAAAAAGUUUUAACGAUGCAUACAAUUUGGCUGAUGGGAAGAAGAUAGACAAUAGGAGAAUUCUCGUCGAUGUGGAAAGGGGAAGGACGGUGAAAAAUUGGAUUCCUAGACGACUGGGUGGUGGAAAAGGACCUCCAAGGGGAUCCGAUGAAAGGAAAAAGGUCACUCAUAAUAUUAACUGGACGGCCCUAAUUAACAAAGAUAAGUACCGAAACGAUAAGAAGAAGGUAGAGGAGAUUUACAAAAAUGUGGCGCUGUACAACGAGAGGAACGAUGACGACAGCGAUGAGAUGAACGACGUGCUGAAAGGCCACCGACACCACAAGAAGGACGAGCACAGGAGCUCCAAGCGGGACCGUCACCACCGAAGCAGACGCAGCGAGUCGCACGACCGCCACAGGCAUAAGCACAGGCGCAGGGACAGCCGCGAUCGGGAUAAGAAUAAGGAGCGGGAUAGAGAGAAGGAGCGGGAUAGAGAGAAGGAUCGGGAUAGAGAGAAGGAUCGGGAUAGGGAUAAAGACAGGGAUAAGCACAGGCACAGAGACAGGGACCACAAUGGAGAUCAUCACCGCUACCGAGAGCGCGACUACAACCGCGAUCAAGGUAACAGUUACCGUCACAAUUACAACCCCAGCCGAGAUCAAGAUCAGAAUUACACUCAUAACCAUAAUCACAAUUACAACCAGAAUUACAACCAGAAUCGCGAUCCGGAUCAAAAUUACAAUCACAAUUACAACCACAACCAUAAUCACAACUACAGCCGCGAUGUCAACCGCGAUCACCAUCAGGAUCACAAUUACAAUUACAACCCCGACAAGGACAAGUACAGGCCCAGAAGCCAGGAGAGGGGAAACCAAAGAGGCGCCUACUUUCCGAACGGGGGUGAACACACAGGAGAGAACGAGCAGGGGGAUGCCCACAUGAAUAUGCCUAACGCUUACGGGGCAUAA